AUGGGCGGCGACGGCCCGGCGGCGGCGGCGGCGCGGGCGACCGUGAGGGCGCUCCUGCGCGAGCUGGGCGAAGAUGUCGGCCGAGAGGGGCUGCUGGACACGCCGGAGAGGGUGGCCAAGGCAUGGGUGGAGAUGACGUCGGAAUGCGGAGCCGACCCGUCGAAGGCUUUCGGUUCCGCCCUCUUCCACGAGCCGACCGUGAGGGCCGCCCCCAGCGGCGGCGGCAUCGUCUGUGUGCGCGACAUCGCCUUCGCCUCCCUCUCCUCCGCCGACCUGCUGCCAUUCCAUGGCCGCUGCCACAUCAUGUACGCCCCAGCCAACGGCGCCAUCGUGGGGCUUAGCAAGCUGGCCCGCCUGGUGCGUCUGCUGUCCAGGCGGAUCCAGUCCCAGGAGGAACUGACCUAUGGCCUGGCUGAGGCCAUGAGGCGGCAUGUGGCGCCAGAGGGCGUGGCCGUGGUGGUGGAGGCGAGGCACGUGGCGUCCGGGCCCGAGGGGGCGGGCAGGGCGACUUGGGCGAGCCUGGGGGACUUUGCAGACAACUCAGAGGCCAACAUGGAAUUGCAGCUGGUGAUGUCUUUGAAUGGCAUCACUGCUCCACAGAAUCAUCUGGCUGCUGUGAAUGGGGAUUUCCUCUCCCAAGGUUGUGGAGAGGCUCCAUUGUUUCUGGGCAGUCAAGAGGUGGAACUUCAUGAAGCCAAUGAGGAACUGACCAUUGCCGCAAAGAACUACGCCAGGCACAUGCUGAGUGCCACUUCAGGCUACAGCCAGCUGCUGCCUGUUCCCCACCAUGACCCAUCCUCAACAGAUGAGCGCAAGGCCCCCAGCUGCCAGGGAACCCCCACCACAGGCAUCGACACCUCCAGCGAGUCCACCACCACACAAGACUUCCCAGAGAUGCAGCGGCUCAGUGCGCUGUGCAGCUGCCAGGUGCAGCUCCCAGAUGGCCCUGCCUGGUCAGGGGUGGCAGCCCACAACUGCCCCACCUCAUCGGAAGGACCCCCCUCAGUGGACAAUGGCUACACAAUGGAUAUGGACCCCAUCCCCACUGAGGAUGGCUCUGGGCGGUGGCCACUUGGGCAGGGCCACUGGUUGCUCAACCUGCCUGGCAGGCUGUGUGAGGGCGGGUGCUUCCCGUUCAGGUCCACAUGCGAGCACCACCUCUUGCCAUUUUAUGGUGACAUUUUUGUCGCGUACACGGCUGGGGAGAGUGGCCUGAACCUCACCCGUGAGCAAGUGGAGGAAGUUGUCAAUGCCUUCACCCAUCGGCUGCAGGUGCAGGAGCGGAUAAGCCACCAGGUGGCGGAUGCACUGGAGGCUCUGCUGGUGCCAAGCGGCGUGCUGGUGGUAUGCCAGGCCGCCCACACUUGCAUGCUGGCGCGGGGCGUGGAGUGCCACUCAGGGGCCACAGUGACCACAGCUAUGCGGGGGAGGGUGGGAAGGGUGAUGGUGGAGGCGGCGCAGCGGGCACUGCAGGAGGGGACCAUGUCCAGGGGCUCCACAGCAUCCUUUUCGAGGCCCCUUGGACUUGACGCCUGA